AUGUUGGGAGAAGGAUGGGAGGAGCCCAAACCCCCAGAUAUCGCCAUGCAACCAAUGGGCCAAGAACAAGCCAGCCCAAAUGAUACAGGACAAGCUAUGGAUGAACAAAAGGGUGAUGCAAGGCCAGAUGAUGGUGCUGUUGGAAAGGCUUUCAGCAGAGCCUGUAAAGAAUAUAUUAGGGUCCAUAAACCAGACAUUGUGGCUCUUCAAGAGACAAGAUGUAGUGGUGAUAAUGCAAAAGAGGUAAUAAAAAACUUGGGCCUCAAUAACUUUAUUUUGGUGGAGGCUAGAGGGUAUAGUGGAGGGAUUUGGAUUCUUUGGAGAAAUGAUAAUAUCAACAUCAAACCUAUUCAACUUCAUAGUCAAUACAUUCACGCAAUUGUGGAGGAGAAUAACAAGGCCCACUGGCUUCUUUCUAUCAUCUAUGGUAGCCCUAGAGAGAUGGAGAGAAGGGAAGCGUGGGAAGAAAUCAGAGAGUUUGCAAGAAACAACACUAAACCUUGGUUGAUGGUAGGUGACUUCAAUGCCAUUGCCAACAUUAAUGAAAAGAAAGGAGGUGCCCCUGCUGAUAGAAGAAAAUGCUUGGAAUUUGCAAACUGGAUCUCAGACUGCAAUCUCAUAGACAUGGAAGCUAAGGGUUCAAAGUUCACGUGGAGGGGAGCUGUCAGGGACAAUAGGGAUCGUGUUUUUGAAAGGCUCGAUAGGGGUCUUUGCAAUAGUGAUUGGCGAAUCCAAUUCCCAGAAGCUUAUGUGAUGUGUCUAACCCGCACCCACUCAGACCAUCACCCACUAUUGAUAAAAUGCAAUGGAGACAUUACUGUAAAUAGAAAUCGGCCUUACAGAUUUGAGACGUUUUGGAUGCAGCAUCAAGUUUUCAAAAGGUGCAGGACAUGA